AUGACGCUCAAGGCCUUUGUGUUUGAUGUCUUUGGAACAUGUGUCGACUGGCAAACAUCGGUGGAGAAGCAGCUUGCCGCCUUUCUGACAGAGCGCGGCUUGGACGCCUCCAGGGCUCUUGAUAUGACGCUGCAAUGGCGCAAAGGCUACUACGAGUACUGCAUUGGCGUUGGCACGCAACAGAACAAAGAGCCAUACACGCUUGUCGAUCUAGUGCACCGUCGACUCAUCAAGUCCAUCCUGGCGGACUCAAUGAGCUACAAAGCAGACGAGACGGAGCUCGACAAGCUGCAAGACUUUUGGCAUAAGCUAGAGCCACAUGCAGACACAUCCGAGGGAAUCCGCAGACUGAAGCGCAAAGCAAUCACGAGCACUCUCUCGAAUGGAAACAUGCGUUUGUUGGUGGACAUGAGCAAGCACGCCGACAUGCAGUGGGAUCUCAUCAUGUCUGGCGAACUUUGGCAAUCGACAAAGCCAGACCCACGCGUGUACCGUGGUGCUGCAGAGAUGCUCUUGAUGGACUAUGAGGAGGUGGUCAUGGUAGCCUGUCACUUCAGUGAUCUGGAGUACGCCAAGAAGGCAGGUCUCAGGACGGCCUUCAUCUACAGACCUGGCGAGAGCGAACCAGAGCUUGGUCCAGGCCAGAUGCGCCGAGACGGACGCAAUGAGCCGUACAUUGACUAUGUGGUGGAGACUAUCGGAGAGCUGGCAGACCUCAUCACCUAG